GAGCUUCUCUGUAUAUCUCCCACAGAUUCAUCAGAUCCCACUCAAAAGCAAAAGCUCUCUCUCUCUCUCUUUCUCUCUCUCCUCGCCCUUUCUCUUUCUCUCUCUUCUGCUAAGCUGUUCUUCUCCCUUCUUCACCCUCUCUUUUGCUGUUUCUCUCUGUCACUAAACCCAUUUACGUUUGGUUUUCUCGUUUUGUUUCUAGAGAGAGAGAGACAGAGAGAGAAGACGAACAGAAAGUUUUCGGCGGUUUUUGUUGAAUCUUUACGAGAGUUCGUCGGCUUCUGAAGUUUUUUUUUUUUUGUUUUUUUAUAUUUUAUUUAUUUAUUUUUGCUGAUUUCAAUGCAUUGUUGCACCGCCUCAGCGUUUUGGUGCACCGACUUCGGUAGGGUUUUUCCGAGGGUUUAAGAGGCUUUUAUGCUCAGUAAUGGUAACAAUCAGAUCUGAAACUUGGCUUUCUCAGGAGGUGGUUUCUCUCAAGGUUUCUGGGAAGUGGGAAACUUUGAAUUAAUUCAAAUUUUGGUCCUGUUUUUAAUAUAAUAUAUCCCAACCGUUCAAGUUCAAGUUCAAGAUCAAGUUUUGCCAUCUGGGUAUUUCUCUGGUUUGACGUUGAAGCAAGGAGAAGAUGCAGAGACCUCCACCGGAAGACUUCUCCUUGAAGGAGACAAACCCGCAUCUCGGUGGCGGAAAGAUCACCGGAGACAAGCUCACGAGCACUUAUGACCUCGUUGAGCAAAUGCAAUACCUUUAUGUCCGAGUCGUCAAGGCUAAGGAGUUGCCUGCGAAGGAUGUUACUGGUAGUUGUGACCCUUACGUUGAAGUGAAGCUCGGAAACUAUAAGGGUACAACCCCGCAUUUCGAGAAGAAGUCAAACCCUGAGUGGAACCGGGUGUUUGCAUUCUCGAAAGAACGGAUCCAGGCUUCUGUUCUUGAGGUGACUGUGAAGGACAAGGAUUUGGUGAAGGAUGAUUUCAUUGGUCGGGUACUUUUCGAUCUGAAUGAGAUCCCAAAAAGGGUUCCACCUGAUAGUCCUUUGGCGCCUCAGUGGUACAGGUUGGACGAUAGGAAUGGGGUUAAGGUUAAGGGUGAGUUGAUGUUGGCUGUUUGGAUGGGCACCCAAGCUGAUGAAGCAUUCCCUGAAGCAUGGCAUUCUGAUGCAGCAGCAGUCAGUGGGGCAGAUGGUCUUGCGAAUAUUCGCUCGAAGGUAUAUCUCUCUCCUAAACUUUGGUAUUUGAGGGUAAAUGUGAUUGAAGCUCAGGACUUGAUACCGACGGACAAGGGUAGAUAUCCUGAAGUCUUUGUGAAGGCUAUACUGGGAAAUCAGGCUUUGAGGACUAGAAUCUCUCAAAGUAGGACCAUUAAUCCUAUGUGGAAUGAGGAUUUGAUGUUUGUCGCUGCAGAACCUUUUGAUGAGCCCCUAAUUUUAAGUGUGGAGGAUAGAAUUGCACCGAACAAAGAAGAGGUUUUGGGAAGGUGUGCGAUUCCCCUGCAAUACAUGGACCGCAGAUUGGAUCAUAAGCCUGUAAAUACCAGGUGGUUUAAUCUUGAAAAGCAUGUGAUCAUAGAAGGGGAGAAAAAGAAGGAUACUAAGUUUGCGAGCAGGAUUCAUACGAGGAUCUGCUUAGAAGGUGGUUACCAUGUUCUCGAUGAGUCGACUCACUAUAGUAGUGACCUCCGACCCACGGCGAAACAGCUAUGGAAAAGUAACAUUGGGGUUCUUGAAGUGGGAAUUCUGAAUGCUCAGGGGUUGAUGCCGAUGAAGACAAAAGAUGGGAGAGGAACAACUGAUGCUUAUUGUGUGGCGAAAUAUGGGCAGAAGUGGGUCCGCACAAGAACUAUUAUUGAUAGCUUUACUCCAAAGUGGAAUGAGCAGUAUACUUGGGAAGUUUUUGAUCCCUGCACAGUCAUAACCAUUGGGGUAUUUGAUAACUGUCAUUUGCAUGGUGGAGAUAAGGGUGGAGGGGCGAAGGAUUCGAGGAUUGGGAAGGUAAGAAUCCGUCUUUCUACCCUCGAAACUGAUAGGGUUUACACACACUCGUACCCACUGCUGGUUCUACAUCCAAAUGGAGUGAAGAAGAUGGGUGAAAUUCAUUUGGCCGUGAGGUUCACGUGCUCAUCUUUGCUUAACAUGAUGCACAUGUAUUCACAUCCACUGUUGCCUAAAAUGCAUUAUCUCCAUCCUUUAACUGUUAGCCAGCUCGAUAGCUUGAGGCACCAGGCCACUCAAAUCGUGUCGAUGAGGCUGAGCAGGGCAGAGCCGCCAUUGAGGAAAGAAGUGGUGGAAUAUAUGCUGGAUGUGGGCUCCCACAUGUGGAGUAUGAGAAGAAGCAAGGCAAACUUUUUCAGGAUUAUGGGGGUUUUAAGUGGGCUGAUUGCAGUGGGAAAAUGGUUUGAUCAAAUCUGCAACUGGAAAAACCCCAUCACAACUGUACUGAUUCACAUCUUGUUCAUAAUACUGGUUAUGUUUCCGGAGCUCAUAUUACCCACAAUUUUCCUCUACCUUUUCUUGAUUGGAGUUUGGUACUAUAGGUGGAGGCCAAGGCACCCUCCCCACAUGGACACUCGCCUCUCGCAUGCAGAUUCUGCACACCCUGAUGAACUUGACGAGGAAUUCGACACUUUCCCAACUUCCCGGCCUAUGGACAUUGUAAGGAUGAGGUAUGAUCGAUUGAGAAGUAUUGCCGGGCGAAUCCAGACUGUGGUUGGUGACUUGGCCACUCAAGGGGAGAGGCUGCAAUCUCUGUUGAGCUGGAGAGACCCAAGAGCUACCGCUCUUUUUGUGCUCUUCUGUCUAAUUGCUGCUAUUGUCCUGUACGUUACCCCGUUCCAAGUCGUGGCCCUUCUCACCGGAUUCUACGUGUUGAGACAUCCAAGAUUCCGCCACAAGCUUCCCGCCGUGCCACUGAAUUUCUUCAGGAGGUUGCCUGCAAGAACUGACUGCAUGUUAUGAGUAGAGGCAGUUUUCCGCAAUUGCCAUUCGAGUUUUAUGGCAAUCAGUCUUCACCGUCUUCAUGUCAAAAAGUGAAGAAGAUGAUGCCGUAACAUAUAGACCUUGUUACCUUGUUUAUUUUCAGUGUUUGGCAGCCAUGAAGAGAAUGCAGAAACCAGAAGGGCUUGUUCAUUUUAAUGUUUAGCGGCUGAUGUAUGACCUUCACCUGAAGGUGGUAGUAUUUUUUUUUCUUUUCAUGAAUUUUCUGAUCAUCAUGUCUGCUACAGGAUUUUUUUCUGUUUCAUGACUUGACUUUUUGUGUUAAUUAUUUCAUGUUAUUUGUAAUAUUGUAGGCUGUGAUUGGAAUUAGCUUAUUCAGUUAUUCUGAACCUUUUUUCUGUGCUUAAUAUUAUCUUCGUAAAGUUUUUCUGAA